CUGUAGGCACAAAAUCUCUGCGUUUGAAACGUGAAACGAUCAAAUAAAUUAUAACUGUAGAUCUGAGUGAUGCGCGUUCUCAUUACACCGAGAAUCUUCUAGAUACGGCAACCAAACGGCGACUCCGCGAUUAUUUAAACCGAACAUUCCACAACUUUCGCCUCGCACUUUACAUCGUCGAAACGCGAUCGAGGCGAAUUUUUACGAAUUUUAUUCCGUACUCGUUUCUUUCAGUGUUUUAGAGUUCGUCCAUUUGACUUUUGGAGGAGGAGGCUUGCAUCGGUUGCAGAUAUGGGAGAGGUGAGAGAUAUGGGAGAGGAUGGCCAUAGGGUGACCUUGAAUAUGUAUGACCUCAGCCAAGGACUUGCACGCCAAUUUUCAACUUCGCUUUUGGGGAAGGCUAUUGAAGCUAUAUGGCAUACAGGUGUUGUAGUUUAUGGAAAUGAGUAUUAUUUCGGGGGAGGAAUACAGCAUAAUCCAGCAGGAAGAACUCCCUAUGGUACACCUAUGCGAGUGAUCGAUCUUGGGGUGACCCAUGUACCUAAGGAAGUCUUUGAGGAGUAUUUGCAAGAGAUCAGCUCUCGAUAUACUGCAGAAACCUACAAACUUCUCAGCCACAACUGCAAUAAUUUCAGUAACGAGGUUGCACAUUUUUUGGUUGGAACCUCCAUUCCUGAGUAUAUCCUUCAGCUACCCAACGAGGUCCUCAACAGCCCAAUGGGGGCUUUAAUUUUGCCAAUGAUUCAGAGUUUGGAGGCAACUGUAAGAACAGGUGCUGUGCCUCAAGCACCUCAGUUCGUCAACCCUCUUGCGGCAGCUACACAGCCAUCACAUCCUAGGUCUUCUUUCGCAAGCCUCCGCUCAGCCUCUACAGAUCAGGCUAAAGCCCAAGCACCACAGCCAGGCCCAGAUACAGCAACAAAUCCCAUUGCUGGUAGAGAGAAGGAAGCUGUUGUUGAUCCGAUGGGAGAUGCUCGGAGCAUAGUGCAGGAAGAGAUCACCAAAGAGUUUGCAGCGAUCAUGGCGAGUGGAACUCUGAGAGCUAGUGAGGCAGCUGCUCUUGCUACAAGAAGAGUGAUGGAGAAGCAUGGAAGGUUGAAUUCUUCCAUGAACUAGGGGUUGAGGAUAUCGUAACACAUUCAUUGGAAAGGCAUUCAUCAUUGAUAUCUGUGGAAUUUGUCGAAUAUACUUGUGAUUUUAUCGACCUUAUUGCUACAAUUUGGGAUGCUCUGGAUUUAGUGUAUUGACUUAGCUGAUUACAGAUGAUUUAUGGAUGUUGUGCUCCCUUCUUUAUUUA